GUGUACGCGGCACGCACAAUUAAUGUCGCUAAUAAGUUUUUUUCGCAAACGUCUAACUUUACGGCCCUCGGCGCCAAUAAAACUUCAUCAGUACGUGCAAGGACGAGCCCGCAGGCCCACGGCGUUCAAAUUUUGAAAGCCUUUCGCGAGGGGUGGAGCGCCGUCGCGACGUUCAGUCGGGCGCCGGCCUCUGGCAGCGCCGGUCGUGCGCAUGGAUCGCGUAAGGUAAAGGGCAUGCGACCCGCGCUCGCCGCGCUCGCGGCUUGCUGCGUGGUGGCGCGCGCCGAGUCGCCCUCCGCCCGUCUCGCCCCGCGCAACCACACAGCCCAGCACGUGCUCCAGUGCAGCGAUGGGCUCCUCAUCCCGGUGUGGCGCCCCCUGGAGGACGUCCCCACCGCCGAGAUCGCCGUCCGUGGCACGGUCUACUUCCUCGCCCUGAUGUAUCUGUUCAUCGGCGUGUCCAUCAUCUCGGACCGGUUCAUGGCCGCCAUCGAAGUCAUCACGUCCCGGGAGAAGGAGGUGCGCGUGCGGCGGAACGGCGGCGACCAGAUCAUCGUCGUGCGGGUGUGGAACGAGACCGUCGCCAACCUGACCCUCAUGGCCCUGGGGUCCAGCGCCCCGGAGAUUCUGCUGUCGGUCAUCGAGAUCGCCGGGAAGAACUUCGAGGCGGGGGAUCUCGGGCCCGGCACCAUCGUGGGCUCCGCCGCGUACAACCUGUUCGUCAUCAUCGCCAUAUGUGUUUCCGUCAUACCCGACGGUGAAGUUCGAAAGAUCAAGCAUCUGAGAGUAUUCCUGGUGACCGCCACCUGGUCCGUGUUCGCGUACGUGUGGUUGUACCUGAUUCUGGCGGUCAUAUCGCCGAGCGAGGUCGAGGUAUGGGAGGGGGCCGUCACGUUUUUGUUUUUCCCGCUCACCGUCCUGACGGCGUACAUCGCCGACAGGCGACUUUUAGUUUAUAAAUAUCUGAAGAAAGGUUAUAGAAUGAACGAGCGCGGAGUGAUCGUGGAGGGGGAGGGGGACGGCUCGGUGGAGAUGGCUCUGAAGCCGAACGACGAUUUUGCGUCCGACGACGAGGAGAGCCGAGAGCUGGAGAAAUCGAAGCGGGAGUACAUCUCGGUGCUCAGAGAAUUGCGUCGGCAGCAUCCCGAGGAGGACCUGGAAACGGUGGAAAGGAUGGCACUCGAGACCUUGAUGGCGAAGGGCCCCAAAUCGAGAGCGUUCUACAGAGUGGCGGCCACGAGAAAAAUGACAGGUGGGGGCGACUUCUCCCGUAAAAUAUCAGAGCGAGCCCAGAGUGACCUCAGCGAGGUGAAAGCGGAGAUCCAAAGACGAGAAUCGGGUUCGGUGGUGGAACCCAAGGGGCCGAACGUGCGGUUCGAUCCCGACCACUACACGGUGAUGGAGAACUGCGGCUCCUUCGAGGUGCGCGUCGUUCGGCGAGGAGAUCUGACCGGGGAAGUGUCGGUCCAGUACACCACGGAGGACGGCACCGCCGAAGCCGGCUCCGACUACGUGGCCGCCCAGGGUACUCUCGUCUUCGGCCACGGCGAGACCGAGAAGACGUUCACGGUCCAAGUCAUCGACGACGACGUCUUCGAGGAGGACGAGCACUUCUACGUUCGUCUCGUCGCCCCCAAGGGCGCCUGCUUGGCUUCCCCGUCCUCGGCGACCGUGGUGAUUUUGGACGACGAUCAUUCCGGUGUGUUUGCGUUCCCCCAAAGGGACUUUGAACUAACGGAAUCUGUGGGGACUUACGAGCUAAAAGUGACGCGGACCGCGGGGGCGCGGGGUAGGGUCCAGAUACCGUACUGGACGGAGGACGGCACGGCAAAGGACGGCGCGCAGUACGAGGCUGUCCAGGAUCAUAUCACGUUCGAAAACAACGAAACUGAGAAGUUCAUUCCACUCCACAUCAUAGAAGAGGACAGCUACGAGAAGGAUGUGCUGUUUUACGUCAACCUCGGCAAUCCUGAGCUGCUCGGAGAUGACGACACUCUGAUUCCGGUGCCAGUGGAGCACAUCGAUGCGCUGACCACGCUGCCGGAGGACGACGCGGUGGUGGCGAUGAUGGGGCUACCUCGCGCCGGCGAGAUCACAAGGGCCCAGCUGAGGAUUAAGGAGAGCAAGGAGUUCAAGAACACCGUGGACAAGCUGGUGCAGCGUGCCAACGCGUCCAUCAUCAUCGGCACGUCCUCGUGGGCGGAGCAGUUCGCGGAGGCCCUCACCGCCAGCUCAGAUGACCCAGACGAGCCGCCGUCCUGGGCGGACUACAUCAUGCAUAUCCUUACUGUCUUCUGGAAGUUUAUUUUCGCCUUCGUCCCACCAACCGAUAUUGGCGGUGGCUACGUGUGCUUCGUGGUGUCGAUCAUCUGCAUCGGCAUUGUGACGGCCGUCAUCGGCGACGUCGCGUCGCACUUUGGCUGCACGCUCGGCAUCAGGGACUCCGUCACCGCCAUCAUAUUCGUCGCGCUCGGGACCAGCAUACCCGAUACGUUCGCGAGUAAGGUAGCAGCUAUACAGGACAAGUACGCGGACGCCUCCGUCGGCAACGUGACGGGCUCUAACGCGGUCAACGUGUUCCUGGGGAUCGGCGUCGCCUGGACUGUGGCCGCCGUGGUGCACUGGAGCAAGAACGAAAAGUUCCAUGUUGAACCUGGAAACCUCGCGUUCAGCGUGACGAUGUUCUGCUCGGAAGCCGCUUUUGCCGUACUGGUCCUGAUGCUGCGCCGGCGCAAGUCCAUCGGCGGGGAGCUAGGAGGCCCCCGCUGCGCCAAAACCCUCACAUCCAUGUUCUUCUUCUCCCUCUGGCUCAUAUACCUAACGAUGUCCAGUCUAGAAGCGUACGGCAUCAUCAAAGGGUUCUAAUUUAAUUUAUGAGUAUUUUAAUACUGUUUGGUUGAUUUGAGUAUUUCAAUAUUGAUACUUGGUUUGAUGUGUUGAGUUAUGAGUACUGUAAUAUUGACACUUUAAUUUAUUAGGUUUACGUGUUUUCAUUUUUAAUUGUCGGUUAUUAGAUACGUAAUUUGUUGUAGUUAUUAUAUUAGUAAAUU